CCGCUCGGAGCGAGGGGAGGAGACACUGGCUGCACCGGCCCUGGAGCGUCCGGGAGCAGCGCGGCGCGCCGGGCCCAGCCUGGAGGGGCCCCCGGGGGGGGAUGCGGGAGGCCGCGCUCGGCUCAAGCUGCUCAGCGGGCCCGGGACCGGCUCCAGCGGGCAGCAGCCCGAGUGGGGCCCGGUACCGGCUCGGAUCCUGGAUGCUCCCCGCUCCGGAGAUUGCAGCGGAUAAGGGACCGAGGGCUGCUGGUGUCUUCCUCCCUCGGCUCCUUCAGUAUCUCCAGCUCCGAACUUGCCCUGCUCAGCAGAGCCCGAGGCGCCUGCAGGAUGUGGGGGGCGUUGCCGACAGGUGCGGACGGACAGAGGGUGCCCGACCCGACCUCGACCGGCGCCGCGGCGCGCAGGACAUGCCUGGCCCGUUGGUUCUGACGGCCGCCGUGCCGAAGGGAGGCUAAGGAGACGGGUUGUUACCAGGCCGGAUCUGCUGAUUUAAAAAAACAAACCUUUUAAUUUUGUUCGUUAAUUUGAAAAAUAAACUGAGCUCCACGCUUGGUGCCGCCGCCAUGAACGGACUGUCGGUGAGUGAGCUGUGCUGCCUCUUCUGCUGCCCGCCCUGCCCCAGCCGGAUAGCGGCCAAGCUGGCCUUCCUCCCCCCGGAGCCUACUUACGCCGUCGUCCCCGAGCCGGAGCCCGUGGGCAGCACCAGCUCCCUGAGAGGAGGCACCGCGGGCCGAUGGAAGCUGCAUUUGACGGACCGGGCGGAUUUCCAGUACGCCCAGCGGGAGCUGGACACCAUCGAGGUGUUUCUAACCAAGAGCGGCCGGGGGAACCGGGUCGGCUGCAUGUAUAUCCGGUGUGUGCCCGGCGCCAGGUUCACGGUGCUCUUCUCCCAUGGCAACGCCGUGGACCUGGGCCAGAUGAGCAGCUUCUACAUCGGCCUGGGCACUCGCAUCAAUUGCAACAUCUUCUCCUACGACUACUCGGGCUACGGCGUGAGCACGGGGAAGCCCUCGGAGAAGAAUCUCUACGCCGACAUCGACGCGGCCUGGCAGGCCCUGAGAACGAGGUACGGGAUCAGCCCGGAGAACAUCAUCCUGUACGGGCAGAGCAUCGGCACGGUGCCCACCGUUGACCUGGCCUCCCGCUACGAGUGCGCCGCCGUGGUGCUCCACUCGCCCCUCACCUCGGGCAUGAGGGUCGCCUUCCCCGACACUAAGAAGACGUACUGCUUCGACGCCUUCCCCAACAUCGAGAAGGUGUCCAAGAUCACUUCGCCCGUCCUCAUCAUCCACGGCACCGAAGAUGAGGUCAUCGACUUCUCGCACGGCCUGGCGCUAUACGAGCGCUGCCCCAAGGCCGUGGAGCCGCUGUGGGUGGAGGGGGCAGGCCACAAUGACAUUGAACUGUACAGCCAGUACCUCGAGCGCCUGCGGAAGUUCAUCUCCCAGGAGCUGGCCAGCCAACGCAACUGAGCCCCAGCCGCCACCCCGGACUCUGACCCGGAGGAGGGAUCAGGCCAUGCUGCCCCCAUGGAGGUGUAACGAACUUGGGCGGCCCCAGCUCCAGCCCACACUGAGGUUGGCGAGCUGGUGGGACGUGGCCAGUCCUCAAAUGUACGUUGUGUUUCCAGGCACGGUGCUCCCGGCUCGGCCCACCCUCCGCCUCCCAGCCAGACACUACAGACGGGACAUGCUGGGUGGAUCCCAUUUCAGCCUGGGCAACCCCAGCUAGAGGAGUCCCCAUGCAGUGGGGAAAAGUCCGGCUCCACCUUCCCGACUCCUGCUCCGAGUGCUCAGGCCACUUUCGAUCCAUCUCCGGAGCUUGCCGUGGGUUCUGUCCCCCCAUCCCACUGCAAACAGCUCGGGAGCCAUCUUAGUCCUUUUCCCAUCAUGCAGCUGUUCGGACAUUAGCAAUGAGAUGGCUUGGAGUCCUGGCCUGGCCGCAGAUUUGAGGGGGUUAAUUAUCCCUGCAGAGCCCCAUGCCUUUUCCUGUCUGGGAUCUGAUCACUGCAUGAUACACCCCCCCACGCCCCCCAUCUGCCUUACCCAAUUCAGUAGCAUCAGAGUGGAGGAGCAGGGCUCUCUGGCCCUGAGCAAAGCUGCUCUUGGAUCGAACACCAGUGAGAACCAGGAGGGCAGGGAUUGAGGGGACCGAGUGGCGUUUGAUCUCCCUGCGGGGAAGGAAUGGCCCUGCCGUGUAGCCCCUGCUCUCUGAAAGGGGUCGGGCAAGCGUGGCUAGGAGACGUGCGCUGUCCCCGAUCUCCGGCGUCCGGCCUGUUUUCUCUUUCCGCAAGACUCCCCUGUAUGUGGGGCACCCCCUUUCUCUACUCCAAAUAUCUCCAGACAGAUCCCUGGCGUCGCACUGGAAGCAGGGAAAAGAAGAAUAAAGAUUUAAGAUGUAAAAUUUUA